AUCUGUGAUCCCCUUCAUUACAUUGCCCGAAUGAGCAGGAAACACUGUGCUGGGCUUAUAACUGCAGCAUUCACUGUUGGUUUUGGGGGACCAGUUGGCUUUUUUGUACCUAUAUCUAAACUAUCAUAUUGUGCUUCCCGUCUUAUUAACCAUUUUUUCUGUGAUGUCACACCAUUGCUAAAACUUUCCUGCAGCAGCACUUUUAGUGUGGAACUUCUAAUUUACAUUGAAGGGACAUUGCUGACUGUCAAUUCUUUCUUCCUUACUCUGACCUCAUACAUAUUUAUCAUCUCUGCUAUCCUGAAAAUACAAUCCUCAGAGGGGAGACAAAAAGCCUUUUCUACCUGUGCUUCUCACCUGGCCUGUGUGAUAACCCUUUAUGGGACAGUUAUUUGCCUGUAUGUGAGACCCACCACAAGUUAUUCCCUAAAAAGAGACAAGUAUUUCUCACUGCUGUACAUUGUCCUGGGCCCAGUGCUAAAUCCCCUUAUUUACACACUGAAAAAUAGAGAAUUUCAAUCUUCCCUAAAUAAGGUUAAAGCAGAGUUUCCUCUGCAAUUCAGCAGUAAACACUUGGUGGUGGUGUUCUGCAAUAUAGAAGGGGAUGAUUCACAAACCAUUUGUUCCUUGGACCACACCUCAGUCAGAGUAAAGCCACAAAUGCGAAGUAAUUCAGCCUUUUAUAAAAAAGCUCAAAUGAAAAAUAUAACACUAAAAGAAUUUGAAAAAGCCCCCGAAAACCAUGAAGCAAAGAAAGAUUUUCCAAUUGAGAAAGGUCAACUGCUAUUGGCUUCUACCUGA